AUGGCAUCCGCACAAACAACCUCCACCUCCAAGAAGGACGAGGCAGGAGCCGAGCCCAAGGCCGACCAGCAGGCCGCCCAGCAGAAGCCCGCUGCCGCGCUCGAGGAAGAUGACGAGUUUGAGGACUUCCCCGUGGACGACUGGCCCGUCGAGGAGACCGAAGCAGCCACGGGCGGCGAGGAGACACAGCACCUCUGGGAGGAGUCCUGGGACGACGACGACACGAGCGAUGACUUCUCGACACAGCUGAAGGAGGAGCUCAAGAAGGUCGAGUCUUCGAAGCGGUAA